AUGACCUGUUCAAAGAAAGUUGUUGUUACCGAAAUUUCCUCUGCUGCCACAGAGAAAACUGUUAAGGAUUUCUUUUUAUUUUGUGGUAAAAUGAAAGAAUUCGAGUUGGUAAAAGAUGAAAAAAGCGAUAAACAAAUUGCUUAUGUGACAUUCGAAAGAGAUGCUGCCGUAAAAACUGCUCUUAUGUUAACAAAUGCUGUAAUUGGUGAUUCUCCAAUCACAGUCAGACCCGCCGAUGGAUCAUUGAAUCCUGAUGAUGGAAAUAAUGACCAACUUAGUUGUAUAGAACAAGAGGAAAAGCCAAAAAAAGUAAUUUUUGCAGAAAUUUUAGCUGCAGGAUUUCAGUUACAAGAUUCUAUCAUUCAAAAAGGCCUCGAAUUUGAUUGUAAAUGCGGUAUAAGUGGACGUCUCAUGUAUUAUUUGCAUCAACUCCAAGACAAUCUCAAAGCAUUAGACGACCAAUACAAAGUAUAUGAUAAAGUGAGUGCGACAGCCGUCCAGCUCGACACUAAAUUUGCCGUUCAAGAUAAAAUCAAAUAUGUCACUACUCAAGCACAAGACAAAGUAAAUCAAGCGAUCGAAACACCUGCCGGUAAAAUCAUGCUUGAAUAUUAUCUUUCAACCACAAAACAAGUUGCCGAUGUUCAUGCUGAAGCAAGAAGAAUUGCUGAUGAAAAACAAGUCAAACUCAUCACCUCACACGAAGAAGAAUCCACCAAUGGAUCAUUAUAA